CAGGGACAGGCCUGGCUGAGUCCUUUUUGGUGCCUGCGUGGGGCUGGGGUAUCAAGCAUGGGUAGAAGGUAAAGGCUGUAAAGCUGUUGGAGGCUGCAGGAUUGGGUCUUUUGAAUCCUUGGGCUCUGGAGCAAGCACAAGCCGAGGGCGGAUGCUGGUGGAAACUGGCUCCAAGUGGCAUCCGGAAGCAUGGCCUCUCUGUCAAGGACUGAUUAGCUCUUCUCAGACGACUUCAUACAAGUUUGUAGCCUUCAUCUCACUUUGCCUCAUAUUGAUAUCUGCUCGUUGUACCCUCUGGAGUUGGAUCACAGUGAGGUCAUCUUCUCCUGGAGAUGAGGAUGCCGAGGCCCAGAGAGGGAAAGUGACUUGCCUACCAACACACAGCAGGGAGAGGUGGAACAGGGUCUUUAGUCCAAACCCAUACCUGGUGUUUGUGCCAAGACUCCAGGCUGCUUCCCAGAGCCUCUGGGACAGCACUGCCUUCCACCAGCCAGGACCAUGGGCAGCAACAAGAGCAAGCCCAAGGACGCCGGCCCGCGGCGGCGCAGCCUGGAGCCGCCCGACAGCGCCCACGGCCCGGGCGGCGGUGCCUUCCCCGCCUCUCAGACGCCCAGCAAGCCGGCCUCGGCCGACGGCCACCGCGGGCCCGCCGCCGCCUUCGCCCCUGCCGCCGCCGAGCCGAAGCUCUUCGGGGGCUUCAACUCCUCCGACACAGUCACCUCCCCGCAACGCGCGGGGCCGCUGGCCGGUGGGGUGACCACCUUUGUGGCCCUCUAUGACUACGAGUCCCGAACAGAGACCGAUCUGUCCUUCAAGAAAGGGGAGCGGCUCCAGAUUGUCAAUAACACAGAGGGAGACUGGUGGCUGGCGCACUCACUGAGCACAGGGCAGACGGGCUACAUCCCCAGCAACUACGUGGCACCCUCGGACUCCAUCCAGGCUGAGGAGUGGUACUUUGGCAAGAUCACCAGGCGGGAGUCAGAAAGGUUGCUGCUCAACACAGAGAACCCGAGAGGAACCUUCCUGGUGAGAGAAAGUGAGACCACGAAAGGUGCAUACUGCCUUUCCGUGUCUGACUUUGACAACGCCAAGGGCCUCAAUGUGAAGCACUACAAGAUCCGCAAGCUGGACAGUGGUGGCUUCUAUAUCACUUCACGCACCCAGUUCAACAGCCUGCAGCAGCUCGUCGCCUAUUACUCCAAACAUGCUGAUGGCCUAUGCCACCGCCUCACCACUGUGUGCCCUACCUCUAAGCCACAGACCCAGGGCUUGGCCAAAGACGCUUGGGAGAUCCCCCGGGAGUCCCUGCGGCUGGAGGUCAAGCUGGGCCAGGGCUGCUUCGGGGAGGUGUGGAUGGGAACCUGGAACGGCACCACCAGGGUGGCCAUCAAGACCCUGAAGCCAGGCACUAUGUCUCCAGAGGCCUUUCUGCAGGAGGCCCAGGUCAUGAAGAAACUGAGGCACGAGAAACUGGUGCAGCUGUACGCCGUGGUGUCUGAAGAGCCCAUCUACAUCGUGACAGAGUACAUGAGCAAGGGGAGUUUGCUGGACUUUCUCAAGGGGGAAACAGGCAAGUACCUGCGGCUGCCUCAGCUGGUGGACAUGGCUGCUCAGAUUGCCUCAGGCAUGGCUUACGUGGAGCGGAUGAACUACGUCCACCGGGACCUGCGCGCCGCCAACAUACUGGUUGGGGAGAACCUGGUGUGCAAAGUGGCUGACUUCGGGCUGGCCCGGCUCAUCGAAGACAAUGAGUACACAGCCCGGCAAGGUGCCAAGUUCCCCAUCAAGUGGACGGCCCCGGAAGCUGCCCUCUAUGGCCGCUUUACCAUCAAGUCGGAUGUGUGGUCCUUUGGGAUCCUGCUGACUGAGCUCACAACAAAGGGCCGGGUGCCCUAUCCUGGGAUGGUGAACCGCGAGGUGCUGGACCAGGUAGAGCGGGGCUACCGCAUGCCCUGCCCGCCAGAGUGCCCUGAAUCCCUGCACGACCUCAUGUGCCAGUGCUGGCGGAAGGAGCCCGAGGAGCGGCCCACCUUCGAGUACCUACAGGCCUUCCUGGAGGACUACUUCACAUCUACCGAGCCCCAGUACCAGCCCGGGGAGAACCUAUAGGGCAGGCUGCCCUACUGGGCUGGGGCCUGGGUGGGCCUGUGGGAUCUGUACCCACCACCUGCCACUGUCAACCUUCCAUCCUGGGAUGAAUUGCCAGGGAUGAGGCCCUUCUGUCUUGGGCGCAUGGCAGGGCUUCGGGUCUGUGGGGUCCACGGCCGGCACAGUGAAUGUCCGAGUGCUGCUGUGGCCACACACCUCUUUAUCCUUCCGGAGCUCUGUCUGUCACCAGAGGAGGAUCUGAGAAAGGGGUCGGAUGUCCUUUCUCGCUUCCACCUGCUGCCUGUGCCUGGACUCUUCCUUGGACGCCCGUAGGUCUGUCUCAUGAGCUGGCCAAAGAGCCUUUCCAAAGAGGAGCAAUGGCCCUGGGCCUCCGCUGCAGCUCCUGCCCUGCGGUCCUAGGGAUGAGUUCAUGCAUGGAGGCUGCAGGGCCUAGACCCCUGUCCCUGGUCCUGGUCGGGCAGUGUGCAGCCCAGUGUGCUCCGUGAUGGCAGGUGGAAUGAGGACCCCUCCAGCUCUGCCCUCCUCCAUCCCAGGGGCCCUUGGCAAUCACCAGUUCCUUUCUCCCAUUUCCCCAUGGGGAAUCUUGAGUCCAGACAGGGGAUGUGCCUGGCCCCGGGCCACAGAGCAGGUUGGAGGUUGAGGCAGUGGGCUUGGUACCCGGUGCUCUGUCUGUCUUCCUCAGGAACCAGUGAGAAUUGUCUUUAGAGGCAUCUCAGAUCUGGGCAGCCCAGGGGACAGGGGGCCUCAAGAUGGGUCACAGACAGCAGGGUCCCACUGUCCCCAAGUGCUUGGCUCAGCCUGCCGGAAUGGGCCUGUGUGAGGCUGAGCUAGAAUGGAGGGGGAAGGGGAAGGUGCAGAAAGCAGGUUCAGGCAGAAUGUAGGUGGCUUUUGGCCUCUGGAGCCAGCCCACCAUGAAAGGGAGUAAGUGCCCAGGCUCUGGAGGUAAAUCAAAUAGAAGUCAAAGAGCAAUGAGGCUGAGAGGCCCUGGUCCUGGCCUCAGGAGGGAACCCCAGGUCUUCUGUCCUCCAGCUUGUCCUGAGCAUUUCAAAAGUUGGCCUCUGCCCUCACCAACAGAUGGGUACCCCUGAAUCACGAGUAGGGAUGGGGUUCCCUGGCUGGAGUUGGAGGGAACAAGGGUGCCCAUGGGCAUACACUGCUGUGUGACUUGGAGGCCCUGCUUUGUCUGUGAGCCACAACUUGUGCCCUGUGUGUGGCUGCGGCUUCUACCUUCUCAGCUCCCGCUGGACCCUGUGGUGGACUCUAAGGCGAGCACAGCAGGAGAUCUAGUGGUGGCUCUGCUGUUCAGCCUUAGGGUAUGUGGUGGCUUCCUGCAGGCCCUCAGUGUGGCCAUCUGUAAAAUGGGCAGCUGACAAUUAGUGGAAUCCUGCCAAGGGCCCAUCUGUGUGUGUGUGUGUGUGUGUGUGUGUACAUCUGUGUGUAUCUCCAUGUGUGUCCAUAUUUAACAAGUAAAAACCACUCAGCUCUGUCCUCGCACGUGUUGUACAUUUCACCACUGCCCCCAUCACAGCAAUAACAUCCCAUUGCCGGAGCCCUCGAGCCAGCCUGGGCUUGGCAUUGGGGAAGGAGGCCGAGUGGUGCCUGCCGAAGAGGCUCCCAUGUUCCUUUCCCUUCACACUCAUCACUCAAGUCUCCUCCUGUCUGUCUGGGUCAGAUCUGGGUUUGCUUCCCCUGCGAGCCCUCAAACCCCCCUCCAACUGCCCUGGGCCCUUUGUAUAAGGUGUCCUAAUACUGUCCAGUUUUUUUUUUUAAACAGUGUUUUGUAGAUUUCAGAUGACUAUGCAGAGGCCUGGGGGACCCCUGGCUCUGGGCAGGGCCUGGGGGUUCCACAUUCCAUGGCCCAGGCUUGGGGGGGGGGAUCAGAAAUUGGUUGUAAAUACUUUGCAUAUUGUCUGAUUAAACACAAACAGACCUC